UGUUCCAUCAAGUGGGUGCUUUAAUUUGGGUAGAACUGACGUACGUUUAGGUACAACACUUGCAGGAAUGUAUGAUAGAUUUCCUUUAACCCCAGUUUUUUGUUUCUUUGACCAGCUGUGGUGUUUUUCCAUGUGGAUCUUGGACAUAGAGCUGGUUAUGCUUAUUCCUAAAUAGUUUAUAUUUUUGUUGUAAUUGUAAAUGGUGUCUUUUUUUUUCCCCUAGUGUAAUGCACAAGAGGAAAAAUUAAAAAGAUAUACUUCUUUUGUCACCUCAUUCUACUCAUAUUAUUACUAAUAGCUUCUAAGUUGAUUCCUUUAUGUUUUCUAGUUGAGCAUUUUUGUCGUCUGCAGGUAAUUUUGGCCAGGUGGUAAGUGGAUGGACUGUGGAGUGACAAGAACCUGCUUCUGCUCAUGACCUGGGUUCUUUGGAUAAAUACCUGGAAGUGAGAUAGCUGGAUCAUAAGGUUCUAGUCUACAGGAACAAGACGUUUUCAGUAAUACAGGAAGAAGGAGGUUCCAGGCUUGGGAGAUCAUCGUUUCUGGCAGCAGCCUGACCUGAGAUAUCCGACCACAACUUCUGGGCAGGCCCAGAGUAGACAGAAGACAGAGCACACCCUGGAGUUGCUAGCUUGCUCUUAAGAACAGGAGAGAUGACCAAGGCCCAGGAAUCAUUAUCAUUUGAGGAUGUGGCUGUGGGCUUCACCUGGGAGGAGUGGCAGCUCCUGGAUCCGUCUCAGAAGGACCUGUACAUGGAUGUAAUGUUGGAGAACUACAGCAACCUGCUGUCAGUAGGAUAUCAAGCUACCAAACCAGAUUCACUCUUCCAUUUGGAGCAAGGAGAACCACCAUGGAUAGUAGAGGGAGCAGCCCAUAGUCAAACCUGUCCAGAAGAAAUAUGGGAGAUUGACCAUAUGCAGUGGCACCCAGAAAACCAAAACGAGAUUAAAACUUUGGAAAGAUGUCAGCAGAGUUAUGCACUUGGAAAUAAUUUUGAUGUAUGCAAAACUCUUAUUCCUUUAAAACAAAGGCACAAUAAAUUUGGCUCACAUUGUAAAAGUUUGAAAUCACAUUUAGGUUUUGUAGUCCAGAAUGGAAGAUAUGCAGGAAAGGAUUCUGAUGAGUUUAGUAGAUAUGGGAAAUCAUCUCUCUACAUCCAGCAUGAUAAAUCUCUUACUGAAAUUAAAUACCAUGGGUGUGUUAAACCCAGUAGCACUAAAUCACAGCUCAAUGACCAUCAAAAAGCUUAUCCAGGAAAGAAACCACAUGAAUGCAAUGAGUGCGGGAAAGCCUUCUCCAGGAAGGCACAGCUUGUUAGACAUCAGAGAACUGAAAGAGGAGAGAAACCCCACGGUUGCAAUGAAUGUGGGAAAACAUUCAUGAGGAAGAUUCAGCUCACCGAACAUCAAAGAACUCACACAGGAGAGAAACCCCACGAAUGUAAUGAAUGUGGAAAAGCCUUUUCCAGAAAGUCACAGCUUAUGGUACAUCAGAGAACUCACACAGGAGAGAAACCCUAUGGAUGCAGUGAAUGUGGAAAAGCCUUCAGCCGGAAGUGCCGGCUCAAUAGACAUCAGCGAUCUCAUACUGGAGAGAAACUUUAUGGAUGCAGUGUGUGUGGGAAAGCCUUUUCCCAGAAGGCAUACCUCAUUGCACAUCAGAGACUUCACACAGGAGAGAAACCUUAUGAAUGCAGUGAAUGUGGAAGAACCUUCUUUUUUAAGUCAGACCUGACCAAGCAUCAGAGAAUUCAUACAGGAGAGAAACCUUAUGAAUGCAGUGAGUGUGAAAAAGCCUUCAGAAGCAAAUCGAAGCUCAUUCAGCAUCAGCGAACUCAUACAGGAGAGAGACCAUAUGCGUGCAGUGAAUGUGGCAAAGCCUUUGCCCACAUGUCAGUCCUCAUUAAACAUAAGAAAACUCAUUCAAGAGAGAAAGCUAUAAACUCACUGAAGGUGGAGAAACCUUCCUCAGGGAGUCAUGGCUCUUUAUACAUGAGUGAACUUGUAGGGGAGCAAAACUCUAAGAACACAGUGCCUGUGGAAAUGUCUUCUUUGGGAACUCAGCCCUUAUUAAACAUCAGUGAGCUCCUAGGGGGUAGAAAUGUAGUGAUUGUGGAACAGCCUUUUCCAAGGAGUCAGACUUCAGUAGAUAAUCGGGAUUUUGCACAGGGAAUAAGCCUUGCAAAUGCAGUGAAUGUGACAACACCUUCAGUAAUAAAUUAUGUCUUAUAUGUUACGGAUAUUGUGUAGGAAAAAAAUCCUCUGAAACCAGAAAUGCAGAAAAGCCUUUAGCAAGAAUCCUCCAUGCCUUUAUGUUAGAGCUCACUUAGGACAGAAAUGCUAUGGAUGCAGUGGUUGUGGAGAACACUUGUGUGAGAAGUUAGACUUACUAAAUGUUAGUGAAAGCAUAUUGUGCAAAAAUGCAGCUAUUGUGGGGAAGCCUUUUCCUGGAGGUCAUAUCGUGGUUGGUAUCAAAGAAUUCCCACAGGACUAAAACCUCAGGAAAGAAUGUGAUGGUUUUCAGUGAUAAAUUGUGCCUCACCACAUGUCAGAGAAGCAUGGAGGGACAACUCUAGACACACCAAAUGUGGAAAAUAUUUUUAGUAAAAUGUGGAAGAACUCAUAGAAAAGAGAAACCCAUGAAAGCAAUAAAAGAUGGAAAUUCUAACACCAGAUUAACUCAUGAAUCACAAUUUUAUACCUUGGGAAUCUGGGAAAGACUUCUUUAAUAAAUGAAACCUUCUUGACACCAGGAAUUGCAUCAUGUAAUGAAAACCUACGAAUAUAAUGAAUGUGGAAAUACAGCUAUAUUAGUUUCUUAUGGCUGCUGUAACAAAUUACCACAAAUUUGGUGUCUCAAAACAACCCAAAUUUAUUAUCUUACAGUUCUGGACGUCUAAAGUCUAAAAUGCAUCUCCCUGGGCUAAAAGCAAGGUGUUGGCAGGGCUGCAUUUCUUUUUGGAGGCUCUAGGGGAGAAUCUAUUUCUUUGCUUUUCCAGCUUCUAGAAGCUGCCCCAAAUUCCGUGGCUCGCAACCCCCUUCCAUCCUCAAAGCAGCAAUGGCGGGUCAACUCUUUCAUCACUCUAACAGUGAUUCUUCUGCCUCCCUCUUCCACAUUUAAGGACCCUUGUGAUUAUAUUGGGCCCACCCAGAUAAUCCAGGAUAAUCUCCCCACUUAACAUCAGCUAAUUAGCAACUUUAACUCUAUUUGCUGUUUGGAGUCCCCUUUGAUUUAUAAUCCAACAUAUUCACAUGUCCUAGAGAUUAGGAUGUGGACAUCUUUAGGAGACGGUUAUUCUGCCUACCACAGACCACCCUCUGGCACCCAAUGAUUCAUGUCCAUCCCACAUACAAAAAGCAUUUACCCUAUCCCAACAUCUCUAAAUGUGUCAACCCGUUACAGUACCAACUCAAAGUCCAAAAUCUCACUAAAAUUUAUCAGCUCAAAAGUGCCAAAUUUCAUCAUCUAAAUCAAGUAUUGAUGAGGCUCUGGGUACAAUCCAUCCUGUGAACAAUUCCAGAGGCACAAUUCCUCUCUGUGAACCUUCUGUGAAGCUUUAAAACUCGAGAAACAAUUUAUAUGGUCCUAAAAUACUUAAUUCCAUCUUCUACCUUAAUUCCUAUUUACCAUGUAAUGUAACAUAUUUCCAGGUUCUGGGGAUUAGGACAUAGACAUCUUUGGGAGGCCAUUAUUCCACCUACCAAAAAACAUUAGAUUUCAGAGAAUUUACACUGCAGUAAAUUCCAACCUAGCCAUCAAAUAAAUUUAAAAAAGCAUGUUCCCAGAGAAAUAAUUAUAGUAAUUAUGAUCUAAGUACACUAACAUUUUUUUUCUAUAAUCAGUGAAUCUUACACUGUGGUUGUUAGAUAUGAGUACCAUGGAGUGCUCUUGUAAUGUAUAAAUCAAAUUAUCAGCACUGGAAAAGAACUGUUAAAUGUCCUAAAGGAACAUGAAAUCUAUGCUGCUGAAAAUGCUGCCACACAUAUGUUUGUAUGUAUUCUAAAAUUGUAUAAAUUGACAUAUCUGCAUAUACCAUAAUGCACCUAAAUACUGACCAAUAUUUUUCACAGCCAACUCCAAGAAAGUCUUUUUUCUUAACAUUAAAUGUUUCAUGUGUAUACCUCCCACCUUAAAUAGCUAAAAAAGUGGAAUAUAUGGAUGCACUGUUUUCAGACAUGGGGUGAGAGGGAGCGCAGGACAGCUAUCUCUGAAAGAAAGGAAACAAGUGAAGUGAGCCUUACAAUUGCCCCAGCUUACUGCUGAGAGUGAGUUUCCAUUCUGCAGCAUAGGGAGGAGGAACCUAAAGAGAUCCUAGCAGUCUCCCUGAAUUGAGAAAAAGUUGAGAGUUUGGAGAAUUGAGGGUGGCUCAGAUUUGUGGGGCAGAUUACAGGAGAGGAGAGAGCUGCACCCAGAAAGAGUUACAGAGUUCUGUAGAGUUCCCCUACAAGUUUUUAAGUUGUAAUCAGCACAUAUAUGUGAGGAAGCUCCCUAGGCUGGAGAAAGAACCACUGGAAAUGAACAGGCAGAACCAUCCUUGGAGCUUGCCCAAGGUUGAGAAUAAUUUGUGUUUCCACCAGCUGGAAUGGAAACAACUCCUUACUUUUGGAGAAUCACAGUGGAAGUUCAGAAGAGUCUUGCCUCAGUGGGUGGCUUACAUGGGAUCUAGACUACAGGCUGCUCUGAACCCUCCUAACAAAGUAUAAACACAAGCCACUAAAGGACCAAACUGUUUCCAAGUAAUUUAACUGCUUCCCAGAACAAAGCCCAAUAGUAUUUAAAGGAUUAGAAAGCAAUCCAUCAACUGGUAAUGAAAAAUUCACAAUGUCUGGCAUCUAAUCAAAACCUAGCAGGUAUGCAAAGAAGCAGGAAAAUAGGACCCAUGAACAUGAAGAAAAGUCAAUAGAGACCUAGAAGUGGUGUGGGUGAGAGAAUUAGUAGAAAAUGAUGUUAAAAGCAGCUAUUAUAAAUAUGCUAUAUGCUCAAGAAUGUUGUGUCAGGUAGAUUAUAAAAUAUAAUUUACUGUGGGGUUCUCUCCAUGUGAGCAAAGGGGCAGACCAGGCCCAGUCUAGGCACUAGAGCCUCUGUCCCUAGGAUGUUCAGCCUUCCAGGAAGGGGCCCAAAGGAAGCAGUUGUCAUCAGUGAGGACGGGGUCCCAUGAGGAGGACCAAGCCCAGCUGAAUUUGGGGAGUGUAGUUUGGCCUGUGUCCAGUUCCUCUUUGCUUUUUUUUAUGAGAUCAGGCACCUGUGGUGGGCUGCUGAGGUUUCUGGGAGGUACAGUUUGGGGUACAUUGUCUUCCUGGUUAGGGGCUUGUGCAUCUUGGCUGUUUGGCAGCCACAGGGGUUUCUGGGACACGCAAUUCAUUUGCCUUCAGUCAUUUUUCUCCACAAGAGUGAAUUCUACCUGAGUCUGAGUGGUGGUUGAAGAGGGUACCUGUCAGAACCCCGACCAAAAGCCACUGGGGCUUCUGUAAGCAGCAUGAGAGGGAAUUGUUCUUGUUUGGUUCAAUUCCAAGUCCAUCCAGUGGCUCGGCUGGGACCUGGUUGGAUUUUGGUGGGUCUGUCCUGCUGUGUGCCCCAGGCAGGAAGUGGCUCCAGGGAACUCCAUUGCAUGGGAUGCAUUUGCUCUCAUUCUUCUUGGUCUAGGGGCCAGAUGGAUCCAUGUUGGGGGCCAGAAGGGGAAUUUGAAUGUGUCCUGUGUGUCCUAUGGGGUGUCUAGUCCAGGCCGCUUCUUCCCAGCCCUGUUACCAUGAACAGAAAGCUUACAGAACAAUGUCUGCCAUGCAGUGCCUUGAGGACUAAGUGAGCAACUUUUAAAUAGUAUUAUUGUUAUGAAUGGGAAGAUGAUUUAGGCAGAAAGAAAUUUGAUUUACACACUUUAGAACCUACAACGCUGGUGUACAGAUGUACGGAUUCCACCCACUUUGUCUUGAUUUCCAGUCCAGAACUUGGGUCUCUAGAUUCUAGAACCUGCCAGACCCCAGAUAAAUCAAGAGGCAGCCACCCCACCACAAGUUGCCUGGUACUCAUCUUGUUCAGGGGUGCAGUUACUCCAGGUUCCCACUGGCUUUCUCUCUGUUUGUAUCUGUUUAAGGGAGGAUGGGGGGAGAAGACUAGGAAUUCCUAGGUGGUAUGUGGGCUGGUUAGUCUGAUCUCCGAGGGCUCCUUUUUCCAACCACAGCCUUAUACUUUUAAGAAUCCAUCCUUCAUUGAAAGAGAAUAGUUGAGUAAUUGUCCAAAUUCUAAAAGCUAGGCCUCUCUCUGAACAGUGUCUCCUUUACUCUUGAUCACAGAUCUCUUGUCAGGUGUUCAGAACCAGAAAAAGACAAUACCCUAAAAGUGCUGGCCAUUUCCUAACAACAGAAGAAAUUGACCAAGGCCCUGGUGGGUUUUUAUUUGUUUCUCCAUUUUGCCUUUCAUCCUCAUGGAUUUGCAGAGGCUUAUAAAAAUAACUAUUGGGGGCCGGUCCCGUGGCCUAGUGGUUACGUUUGGUGUGCUCCGGUGGCCUCGGUUCGGUUCCCGGGUGUGGACCUACGUCACUCGGUGGCCAUGCUGUGGUGGCAACCCACAUACAAAAUAGAGGAAGAUUGGCACAGAUGUUAGCUCAGGGCAAAUCUUCCUCAAGCAAAAAAAUUUAAAAAACUAUUAAAUGGAAACAUACACUUUCCUAAAUUCAGAGUUUGAGAGAAAAUAAACACUAAAAUCAAGAUUAGGAUGAAGUUACAAUGGGGAAAUGUAGGUCAUAGGGUUCAUAUAAAGGAAUACUAGUGAAUAAAUAUGUAAGAAUAUAUGAUGUACUUAAGUUGAAUUACAAAUUGUUUCUAAUGUUUCUGGUAUCAAUAAUGUGUUAGUUUUCUGUUGGUGUCAAAAGAAACUUUUAGCAGCUUAAAACAAUGCAAAUUUAUUAUUUCACAGUUCUUUAAGUCAGAAGUCUGGGUUGGCUUGGCUGAUUGCUCUAUUUUUCAUUAGACUGAAAUCAAGGUAUGGGCCAAUGGGGCUCUUAUGGGAAGGCUCUGUGAAGAACCUGCUUCCAAGCUUAAGCAGGUUGUUGGUAGAAUCCAUAUCCUUGUGACUGUAAGUCUGAGAUCCCUGUUUCUUCGCUGGAUGUCAGCUGGUGGUCGAUCUUUGCUCCUAGGGGCUGCCUGCAUUCGUUCUGAUGCUUUCCAGGUGGACCCCCUCCAGCAAUUGAUUGAGUUCCUCUCAUGCUUCAGAUCUCUCCAACUUCCCUUUCUGACACGUCUCGCUGACUGUCUCUUCCACCUUCCUCUUCUGCUUUUAACUGCUUAUGUGAUUACAUUGGGCCCACCUAGAUAAUUCAGGUUAAUCUCCCAAUCUUGCAGUCAGGUGACUAGUGAUCUUAUUACAUCUGCAAACUCCCUUCACAGUAGUACCUAAAUUAAUAUUUGAUUGAACAGUUAAGGGGCAGGAAUCUUGAGGGGUGAUCUUUAGAAUUCUAAUAUAAAUAAUAACAUGAGAAACACUAGAAGUUAUAUGAUAGAUGUUGUUCAUAACGAGAAAUCAGGCCAACUCCUCAGAGGAAAUAAUUAUUUGCCAGCACUUAAGUAUAUGAAGUGAAUUAAGGAUCAAAGUUUCUAUUUUCCCACGUGGAUAUCCAGUUGUUCCAGCAACACUGGUUAAAAUGGCUUUACCCAGUGGACUCACUUGUCAUUUUGAUCUAAAAAUCAAUUAAAUGUAUUAGUGUGAGUUUAGUCUUGGACACUCUUAUCUCUUCCAUUUACCUGUGUGUCUGCCUCUACAUCAAUGCUGCACUUGUCUUGAUUAUUAUAGUUUUAAAGUAAGUCUUUAAUCAGAUAAAAUUAAGUUCUCCAACUUCUUCCUUCUGUUUCAGUAUUAUUUUGGCUUUUCUAUAUCCAUUGCUUAUCAAUGUGAGAAUGAGCUUAUUUAUUUGUUUUAAAAAUGCCUUCUGUAAUUUUGAUAGUGAUUGCAAUAAAUCUAUUUAGGUAGAAGAACAGUUAAACAGUGUACAGUCUUUCAAUCUAUGAACAUGGUAUAGCUUUCCUUUUAUUUGGAUAUUCUUUAUUUCAGCAAUGUUUUGUGGUUUACAUUGUAGCAAUCUUGCACAUCUUUUAUUAGAUUUAUUCUUGAAUAUUUUAGGAUUUUUUUUUUUUUGCUAUUGUAACUGGUAUCAUUUUAGUUUUAUAAGUUCUAGUAGUUUUCUGUAGGCUUUCUUGGGUUUCCUUUAUACACAGUUAUGUUGUCUGCAAAUAACUAAUACUUCUUUUCUGAUCUUUAAUCCUAUUAUUUUUCUUGUUUUAUUGCACUGGUAAGGUCCCCUAGUAUGAUAUAGAAUUUGAGAGUGGGAAUCUUUGUGUCAUUCUCAAUCUGAAUGGAAAAGUGUGUUUUGCACAUGGAGUGGUCGUGAAUUUUGGUGCCACAAGGGCAGACUGUACUAGCUUGAAUAAUGUGCCUUUUAUUAUUAUUAUUAUUGAUUUUGUUGUUAUUAUUUUAGUGGUUGCUAUAGGGCUAACAAUAUGGCAUCUUUAAUUUAUCAAGGUUGACUUAGAAUUGAUAUGUGCCAUUUUACACUACUCGUUUCACACAUGACACCUUACCUUUCCCACUUCACACUUCUAAUUCACACAUUCCAUUUCACACUUCAAAAAAUUUAAUAACCUUAUGGCAGUAUAAUUCCAUUUGGAUUUACUCCCUGUCCUUUGAGCUAUUGUUGCCCUACCUUUUAGUAUUUUAUUGUUAUAAACUCACAGUGUUAUUUAUUUUGUUCCAAAGCAGUAAAGGGCCAGAUGGUAAAUAUAUUCAGCUUUGCAAGCCAUUACAGUCUCGAUCACAACUGUUCAAUGCUCUGUUCUAUAGUGAAAACAUCCAUAGGCUUGUAAACAAAUGGCUUUGGCUAUGUUCCAAUAAAACUUAAUUUACAAAAAUAGGCAGUGGGUUGGGUUUGCCCACCUCUGUUCUAAACAAUUUGUCUUUUAAGGAAAAUGAGAAGAAUAAAAACGUAGUCUUAUAAAUAUCCUGUUUGUCGUUUCUGGUGGUGUUCAUUUCUUUCUGUUGAUUUGAGUUUUCCACUAGUGUAAUUUUCCUUCAGCCUGAAAACAUCCUUUAACGUUUCUUCUGUACAGGUCUUUUGGCAGUGAAUUCUCUCAGAUUUUGUUUAUUUAAAAAUAUAUUUAUUUCACACUCAUUUUUUAAUAAUAUUUUCCCUGGAAGUAUUCUGGGUUCUAGGUUGACAGUGCUUUUCUUUCGUCACUUUAAAGGUGUGAUUCUACCCAGAAAUCAAAAUAUAGUUAUGUACACUGGAAAUUUAUAUAAUGUUAUAAACCAAU